AUGCUGGACCCUUCGUCCAGCGAAGAAGAGUCAGAUGAGAUCGUGGAAGAGGAGAGCGGCAAGGAGGUGCUCGGCUCGGCCGCGUCCGGCGCGCGCCUGUCUCCCAGCCGCACCAGCGAGGGCUCGGCCGGCGGCGCCGGGCUGGGGGGCAGCGGCGCCGGAGUGGGCGCGGGCGGCGGCGGGGGCAGCGGCCCGGGCAGCGGCGGGGCCGGGGGACUGCAGCCCAGCAGCCGCGCCGGCGGCGGCCGGCCCUCCAGCCCCAGCCCGUCGGUGGUGAGCGAGAAGGAGAAAGAGGAGUUGGAGCGGCUGCAGAAGGAGGAAGAGGAGAGGAAGAAGAGGCUGCAGCUCUAUGUGUUCGUCAUGCGCUGCAUAGCCUACCCCUUCAACGCCAAGCAGCCCACCGACAUGGCUCGCCGGCAGCAGAAGAUCAGCAAACAGCAGCUCCAGACCGUCAAGGACCGCUUCCAGGCUUUCCUCAAUGGAGAAACCCAGAUCGUGGCUGACGAAGCCUUCAUGAACGCCGUCCAGAGUUACUAUGAGGUGUUUCUGAAGAGCGACCGCGUGGCCCGCAUGGUCCAGAGCGGGGGCUGCUCGGCCAACGACUCGCGGGAGGUCUUCAAGAAACACAUUGAGAAGAGGGUACGCAGCCUGCCUGAGAUCGAUGGCCUCAGCAAAGAGACCGUGCUGAGCUCCUGGAUGGCCAAGUUCGACGCCAUCUACCGCGGGGAAGAGGACCCUAGGAAGCAACAGGCUCGCAUGACAGCCAGCGCAGCCUCCGAGCUGAUUCUGAGCAAGGAGCAGCUCUACGAGAUGUUCCAGAACAUCCUUGGGAUCAAGAAGUUCGAACACCAGCUGCUGUACAAUGCCUGCCAGCUGGAUAAUCCAGAUGAGCAAGCAGCGCAGAUCAGACGGGAGUUGGAUGGACGUCUCCAAAUGGCAGACCAAAUAGCCAGGGAGCGCAAAUUUCCCAAGUUCGUUUCCAAAGAAAUGGAAAACAUGUACAUCGAGGAGCUGAAGUCGUCCGUCAACCUGCUCAUGGCCAACCUGGAGAGCAUGCCGGUGUCCAAAGGCGGCGAGUUCAAGCUUCAGAAGCUGAAACGCAGCCACAACACCUCCAUCAUCGACCUGGGCGAGGAGAGCGAAAACCAGCUCUCCAAGUCAGACGUCGUGCUGUCUUUCUCCCUGGAGGUGGUGAUCAUGGAAGUCCAAGGCCUCAAAUCCUUGGCCCCAAAUCGCAUCGUGUAUUGUACAAUGGAGGUGGAAGGAGGAGAAAAACUGCAGACUGACCAGGCUGAAGCUUCUAAACCGACUUGGGGUACCCAGGGUGACUUCUCGACAACCCACGCACUGCCCGCCGUGAAGGUGAAGCUGUUCACAGAGAGCACCGGUGUCCUGGCCUUGGAAGACAAGGAGCUCGGACGGGUUAUUCUCCAUCCCACCCCGAACAGCCCCAAACAGUCUGAGUGGCACAAAAUGACAGUCUCCAAAAACUGCCCCGAUCAAGAUCUCAAAAUCAAACUUGCUGUCCGAAUGGAUAAGCCUCAAAACAUGAAGCACUCUGGGUAUUUAUGGGCCAUCGGUAAGAAUGUGUGGAAGAGAUGGAAGAAAAGGUUUUUUGUAUUGGUUCAGGUCAGUCAGUACACGUUCGCCAUGUGCAGUUACAGGGAGAAAAAAGCAGAGCCCCAGGAGCUUCUACAACUGGAUGGCUACACCGUGGAUUACACUGACCCCCAGCCAGGUUUGGAAGGUGGCCGCGCCUUCUUCAAUGCAGUCAAAGAAGGAGACACUGUGAUAUUUGCAAGUGACGAUGAGCAAGAUCGCAUCCUGUGGGUCCAAGCCAUGUAUCGGGCCACCGGGCAGUCACACAAGCCUGUGCCCCCGACCCAAGUCCAGAAACUCAACGCCAAGGGAGGGAACGUGCCUCAGCUGGAUGCCCCCAUCUCUCAAUUUUACGCAGAUAGAGCUCAGAAACAUGGCAUGGAUGAAUUUAUCUCUUCCAACCCCUGUAACUUUGACCACGCGGCCCUCUUUGAGACGGUGCAGCGCCUUACUUUGGAUCACAGACUUAAUGAUUCCUAUUCUUGCCUGGGCUGGUUCAGUCCAGGCCAGGUGUUUGUGCUAGACGAGUAUUGCGCCCGAAACGGAGUCCGAGGGUGUCACCGACAUCUCUGCUACCUCAGAGACUUGCUCGAGCGGGCAGAAAAUGGCGCCAUGAUUGACCCCACCCUCCUUCACUAUAGCUUUGCGUUCUGUGCAUCGCACGUCCACGGGAACAGGCCUGAUGGAAUCGGAACUGUGACCGUUGAAGAAAAAGAACGUUUUGAAGAAAUCAAAGAGAGACUCCGGGUUCUGUUGGAAAAUCAGAUUACACAUUUUAGGUAUUGCUUUCCAUUUGGUCGACCUGAAGGUGCUUUAAAAGCUACUCUGUCACUCUUGGAAAGGGUUUUGAUGAAAGAUAUUGUGACCCCCGUUCCACAAGAGGAGGUAAAAACAGUCAUCCGUAAAUGUCUAGAGCAAGCUGCUUUAGUCAACUAUUCUCGACUGUCAGAGUAUGCCAAAAUUGAAGAGAAUCAAAAGGACGCAGAAAAUGUAGGCCGGUUAAUCACUCCUGCCAAAAAGCUCGAAGACACAAUACGUCUUGCUGAACUAGUCAUUGAAGUUCUUCAACAAAACGAGGAGCAUCAUGCAGAGCCACAUGUUGAUAAAGGAGAAGCCUUUGCAUGGUGGUCAGACUUAAUGGUGGAACAUGCUGAGACGUUCCUGUCACUCUUUGCGGUGGACAUGGAUGCAGCAUUAGAGGUGCAGCCCCCAGACUCGUGGGACAGUUUUCCGCUGUUUCAGCUGCUGAAUGAUUCUCUCCGUACUGAUCAUAAUUUGUGCAAUGGAAAAUUUCACAAACAUCUGCAAGACCUGUUUGCCCCACUUGUUGUUAGAUAUGUGGAUUUGAUGGAGUCCUCAAUUGCACAAUCCAUUCACAGGGGCUUUGAGCGGGAGUCAUGGGAACCAGUCAAGAGUUUAACCAGUAACCUACCCAGUGUGAACCUUCCCAAAGUACCAAAUCUGCCAGUUAACAUCCCUCUAGGCAUCCCACAAAUGCCUACUUUUUCGGCACCCUCAUGGAUGGCUGCUAUAUAUGAUGCUGAUAAUGGGUCGGGCACCUCAGAAGACCUGUUCUGGAAACUUGAUGCCCUGCAGACCUUCAUUAGGGACUUGCACUGGCCGGAAGAAGAGUUUGGAAAACACCUGGAACAACGGCUAAAGCUGAUGGCAAGUGACAUGAUUGAAUCUUGUGUCAAAAGAACCAGGAUUGCAUUUGAAGUUAAACUGCAAAAAACCAGUCGAUCAACAGAUUUUCGAGUCCCACAGGCAAUAUGCACCAUGUUCAAUGUUAUGGUGGACGCCAAAGCUCAGUCAACAAAACUCUGCAGCAUGGAAAUGGGCCAAGAGCAUCAAUACCAUUCAAAAAUAGAUGAACUAAUUGAAGAAACUGUUAAAGAAAUGAUAACACUCUUGGUUGCAAAGUUUGUCACUAUUUUGGAAGGAGUACUGGCAAAAUUAUCCAGAUACGAUGAAGGGACUUUGUUUUCCUCUUUUCUGUCAUUUACCGUGAAGGCAGCUUCCAAAUAUGUGGAUGUACCCAAACCCGGAAUGGACGUGGCCGAUGCCUAUGUGACUUUUGUCCGACACUCCCAGGACGUCCUGCGUGAUAAGGUCAAUGAGGAGAUGUAUAUAGAAAGGUUAUUUGAUCAAUGGUACAACAGCUCCAUGAAUGUCAUCUGCACCUGGUUGACGGACCGCAUGGACUUGCAGCUUCACAUUUAUCAGUUGAAAACUCUAAUUAGGAUGGUAAAGAAAACCUAUAGAGAUUUCCGAUUGCAAGGGGUCCUGGACUCGACCUUAAACAGCAAGACCUAUGAAACCAUCCGGAACCGUCUCACUGUGGAAGAAGCCACAGCCUCAGUGAGCGAGGGUGGGGGCCUACAGGGCAUCAGCAUGAAGGACAGCGACGAGGAAGACGAAGAAGACGAUUAGGCCGUUUGAUCCUGGAGCCCAUUGGGACGGAGCCCUGUAACUAAUGCAUGUCCUUAGUCUGUUAGUUAACCCCAUUAGGGAACUUUCUGUCAACUCCCACGCCCAUGAGAUGUUUAUCAAUACAAUUGCCAUUUUAGCUAUGUGGUACCAAGAUUAGCAGAUGACCUUCGAAUCUACUGAUUUUCUGAUUCCAUGUUUAUAUGUUUACAAGCAAUAUGGAACACCAUUCUUAAAACACUGUUCAUGGAGACCACUUGGUCCAGCCACUAGGCAUGUCCCUGACAACAAGCAAAGUGAAAUGAUGCUUCAUUGAUACACUGUGUAUACAUCGGUGAUAGAUGGAUGCCAGGGCCAGUAUACCAAGAACUUUCAUUUCUUUGUUUCGCUUAUGUGGAUGCCAAUUAUUUAA